CUUGAAGAGCUUCUGAGUUCACAUUUUGUGCGAUAAUUGCAGCUAAAACUCAGAAUUAUGCCCAGAAGACAAACUGCUAAAGCAAAGGCUGCAAAAGCUGCAAAGGCAAAGAAAGCAGCUGCAGAAGAGGAAGCAAAUGUUGCUGCAGAAGACACAUCUACCACCGAGGACCCUGAGAAAUCAGUGGAGGUAGAAAAUGAGGAGCAGGAUCCCCAGCAGGGGGACGAUUCUGCGCUGAUGGGAGACAUAGAUCAGGCUUUGGCUGACCACGAGGAGGCGACUCCCUUAGAACAGACUGAGGGACAGAGUCUGCAAACUGAGGGGGAGAGUCAAGAGACUGAAGGGGAGAGUCAACAAACUGAAGGAGAGAGUCAACAAACUGAAGGAGAGAGUCAACAAACUGAGGUGGAGGGUCAGCAAAUUGAUGAAGGACAGCCUGAGGACACAGAAACACAAGAUGCAGAGAUGACACAAGUUGGUGAUGGUGCAACUGUAUCUGAAACUGCUGUAGAAGGUGAGGAGCAGAGCGAAGAAGCAAAGGAUGGAGAUGAAAACAACUUGUUUGCGAUUGACAAGACACCCAUGGAUGACAAGGAAAUGGCAUCAAAGAUAGAAGAGAAAGAUGGAGAAGAAAGUGCUAAUGGUGGCAAGGUGUGGCCAGAACCAGAGAAGGAGCUGCCAUUGAAAGGACGUGUGUUGAGGGUACACCCUGUUCAAAUGCAGCACCUGACAAGUAAGGCAAUGGCUCCCAUACUGAAGGCUUCUCUCGGCUACAUCAUACGAUCGGAAGGGGGCAGCUUACCCAUGAAGAAAGCUGUAACGAUGGACUCGACAAGAUCUCUGGAGAUUUGGUUUCAUUCUGAUGAAGAAGCAGAGGAAAUGUUUGUCAAACUGUGUAACUUCAAAUGGAAUGUAAAUGGCCGUCCUGCUCGUGUUGUACGGGUCAAUUCUCCGGAAAGUGUGGAUGUAACACUGAAGGAGUGGGACAAAGUCAUUGCUCCCAUGGGAAUGUAUGAUGGCAGAUGUUUGUUUGUCAACAAUAUACCAGCUAACACAACAGAAGAAGACCUCACAACGUUGUUUGAAAAAACAAAAAAGAUACAGAUUCCAACAGACACAGAGGGAAACCAGCAGGGCUAUGCUUUAAUAGAAUUUUGGAACAAAUCUGAUGCAGUUGAAUUCUCCAAGAAGCGUGAUUUGACCCUUCAGGAGAAUGUCCUAACUCUUCACACCAUUGGUAUCCAGAGGGUUCCCCGCACAAAAGCUGCUCAAGAGAGACUGGACAAAGAGAUGAAAAGGAUCCGUGAACAAGGUGGCACCACAGACUUCCCAACUCCACGCAACAAAGGUCCUCGUAAUUCAACUGACCGCAAGCGUGAUGACCGCAGACAAAACCAAGGUGGUCGCAACAGACGAGAUGGUAACAGGAGCCAGGGUGGGAACUGGCGUGAUGGAAACAGGCGAGGGGGAGGUCGGUCAGGAGGAUACGACUCACGGGAUGGAGGCUGGGGCAAUAAGAGACGGUUUAGUGGAGGGCGAGACAAUGCAUCACCCAUGAAGAGAGGCAGGAUGGAUCGCGGACGCUUUUCUGAUUAUGACAGACCUAGAGGGCGCUUUGGUGAUGGAAGGGGAUCUAGUGCAGACAACAUAAGGGGAGAAUUGUUAGACCAGAUGCAGAACUUACAACAGGGUGGUAUCUCUGACCCACAGUAUCUGAUGAGGCUAGCUAAGAGACUACAACAGGCACAGCAGGGGAGCUACUGAGAAAUCAACAUUGAAGGAAAUCUCUGAUCCAGGGGCUGGGGUCCUUGAGUCAGUGUCAUCACCAUGAGAUAAAUCUUCAGUUCAUUAAGUUUAAUAUUUUUUAUGGUAUUAUAAGUGGGCUCCAUGAUUGUGACAACAUUUCUGAUACACUUAUUGGUAGAUUGUCUUCAGAAGAUUUGUUUUAUAUCUGUAAAUU